UCAAUGCAUGGAAUGGCAGGAUAGAAGGAAUGAAUGUCUUCACAUUCCACGAUGAAAAUUAUGCUGUGGGCAAUAAAUAUUACCAAGAAAAAAGUCCUGAAAAUGGGAGAAAAAACAAAAAGCUAUUUGUGGGGUGAUGCUUUUAGGCUGGAUUGUGACUCACCAACCACACUUUUUCAAUUUUCAUCCCUUAUUUUUAUAUUCAUCACAAUGAACAUUACCCAAAUUAAAUUUUAAAAAAUAUAUUUUUUUUAGAUAUAAGGAGUAACAGAAGCUUACUUCUACUUUCUUUUUUCUGAAGAUCAUCCCAAAGCUCCCUUGUUUUGGAGUUUUUAAGAUCUUUAAUUUCAGUUUCUUGUAAAUGGGGUCCUCUGAUCGAUUGUUUGACAGACAGAGAACUGUACAUGAAAUCCUUGGAGGAAAUCUUGAUGUGAUUCUUUGGAGGCAAACAAAUCUAACUUUGGGGAUAUUGAUGGUAACUUUUGCUGCUUGGGUGGUGUUUGAGAGAUCUGGUUAUACUCUAUUGUCUCUUGUCUCUAGUGUUCUCCUCCUCCUCUUUGCCAUUUUAUUUCUUUGGGCCAAAUCUGCAGCAAUUCUUAAUCGGCCUGCUCCACCCCUUCCGGAGUUGUAUCUCUCAGAAGAAACGGUAAAUGAAGUGGCAACUUACGUUCGCACCAAUAUGAAUUAUUUGCUCUCAGUUUCCCAGGACAUUGCCCUGGGAAAGGACUCAAAGUUGUUUUUCAAAGUAGCUUUGUUCUUGUGGCUGAUAUCUUUCAUUGGUGGCUUCACAGAUUUUCUUACAUUAGGCUAUACCAGCCUCGUUAUCAUCCUUACAGUUCCAGCUUUAUAUGAGCGAUAUGAAGAUUGUAUAGAUAAAUGCGUGAUUACAAGCUACAGGAAAUUGCAGGAGUUGUAUGUGAAAUUCGAUGCGAAAAUUGUCUGCAAAGUCAGGAAAUGGGUCUUGGAAAAGAAAAAACUAAGCUAGUUUCUCCUUGCAUGGUAAUUACUUCCUUUUGUGAUAUUGGUUUUCUUUUGUGAGGUGCUGGGGAGUGCCAAUGGUCUGGCAUGGUUUGAUUGUUUUCAUACCGAGCUGCAGGGUGUGGGAGAAGGUAUUUUUUCAUAAAUGGUUUCUUCUCUUUGUAUCCUUAUUUAGAUUUCUGAGUUUUAGGCUGUGAGAGCGUUUGAUUAGAAGAAAUAUGGGAGGCAGUACCCUGAUCACUUCGAGGUAAUCUGAAAAUCAUACAAUGAGAUAGUUUUGGCUUUGAAAUACCCUUUAUGUUUUUUUAUGAUGAAAAUGUAUCUGGGUUCACCAUCUUUGGUGGGCGUUGACCCUUCUCUCCAUUGUUGUUGAUGAGGGAAAAUGUAUAAAAUCUCAUUCUACUGA